UGAGAUCAAGCUAUUUCGUUCUCUAGACGACAAUUCCGCCUCUUUAUAAUUCACAAGCCGGUUCUUCACUUCUGAUUUUACUCUUACCUCUUCUAAAACUGCAUGGAUAGUAAUCUAACUCACAAACACAUAAUUGAUCAGUGUCAAAACGGAUUCAACUUGUAGGUUGCCAUGCCACCGACUAAAAAGAAUGAUGAGAAACCAGAACCAGGAGACCUCAUUGAAAUCUUCAGAAGUGGUUACCAGCACUGGGCUAUCUAUGUUGGUGAUGGUUUUGUGAUUCACCUGGCCCCACCUUCUGAGUAUGCUAACGCUGGUUCUUACAGCAUGAUGUCAGUCACGUGUGACAGAGCUUUAGUGAAGAAGGAAGAAAUCUGGGAUGUUGUAGGCUCAGACAAGUACAGUAUCAACAACCUUCUAGAUGACAAACAUGUGCCUCGAGAUAUUGGAGAUAUCCUACGGGAUGCAGAGAGGCUUGUGGGCAGAAUUUGUCCAUACAGUGUGGUCACGGGUAAUUGUGAGCACUUUGUCACAGAGCUGAGAUAUGGAAAGCCAGAGUCCCGCCAGGUACGAUCAAAGGUGGAGAUUGCUGCAGCAGCUGGUCUUGCAAUGGCUGCCGUUGGGAUUUUUGCUUAUGCUGCUGGCUUUUUUGGCUCAAGAGACAAAGAAAAGGAGACAAAAUAAACGCUUCGACAUGCACAACCGAGGCCUUUACAAUUUCAAUAUCAGUAAAUGUAUUUAAUAUAAUGAAUGUCAUUCAAAGCUAAUUGAUUCUCAACAAACAACAGAACCACGUAUAAUAUAUAAUUUAUAAUAUAUAAUGUAUUUCACCAUUAAUAAAGGAAAUAUUGUUCUAUUUA